UAGGGUGAAACAUUCCCUCGGCUUCUGCAUUCGAACAUUACACAGCCACAACCCACAAACGAGGCAGUUCCGGUCUCUCUGCUACUCUGCCCCUCACCGCCUCACGCUCACAGCUUACGCACUCCACACUUCUCCCUCGUCUCCGCUCUCUCUGCCCACGACAGAGAAGCAAUCAUCAAAACUGGAGCUAAUUUUCUGAGACAAUGAGGAAGAAGGUGGACGAGCGCAUUAGAACCCUCAUCGAGAAUGGCGUCAAAAACCGUCAUCGAUCCAUGUUCGUCAUCAUCGGUGACAAGUCUCGUGACCAGAUUGUGAACCUGCACUACAUGGUAAGCAAAGCUUUAGUGAAGUCGCGCCCCACUGUCCUUUGGUGCUACAAGGACAAGCUUGAACUUAGCAGCCAUAAGAAGAAAAGGAAGAAGCAACUAAAAAAAUUAAUGCAGAGAGGGCUGCUUGAUCCCGAGAGAGCAGAUCCUUUUGAACUAUUUGUUGAAACUGGUGGUGUCUCUUAUUGCCUGUAUAAGGAUUCAGAAAGAGUUCUUGGAAACACUUUUGGCAUGUGCAUAUUACAGGAUUUUGAGGCUUUGACACCCAAUCUUUUGGCAAGAACUAUAGAAACAGUUGAAGGUGGUGGUUUGAUUGUUUUACUGCUCAGAUCCUUGUCCUCAUUGACAAGUCUGUACACCAUGGUUAUGGAUGUUCAUGAAAGAUUUCGAACAGAAUCUCAUUCUCAAACUUCUGGGCGCUUCAAUGAACGCUUCUUACUUUCACUUGCAUCGUGUAAAGCAUGUAUCGUCAUGGAUGAUGAAUUAAACAUUCUACCAAUCUCAUCACAUAUGAAGUCAAUUAAACCAGUCCCAGUUCAAGAGGACUCUGAGGGCCUUUCAGAAGCAGAGCGUGAUUUGAAAAAUUUGAAAGAACAAUUGAAUGAUGACUUCCCUGCUGGUCCUCUGAUCCGCAAGUGCAUUACUUUGGACCAGGGAAAAGCUGUCAUAAACUUUCUUGAUUCUAUUUUGGAUAAGACACUCCGUAGUACAGUUGCUUUGCUUGCUGCUCGUGGCCGUGGUAAGUCAGCUGCACUUGGAUUGGCAGUUGCAGGAGCUAUUGCUGCUGGGUAUUCUAAUAUUUUUGUAACUGCACCAAGCCCGGAGAAUUUGAAAACUCUAUUUGAGUUUAUUUGCAAGGGAUUUGACAUGCUUGAAUACAAGGAGCACUUGGAUUAUGAUGUUGUGAAAAGCACAAAUCCAGAAUUCAAAAAAGCAACUGUACGGAUCAAUAUCUACAAACACCACAGACAGACGAUUCAGUAUAUACAGCCACAUGAACAUGCCAAACUCUCACAAGUUGAAUUGCUGGUAGUUGAUGAAGCAGCAGCAAUUCCAUUGCCGGUUGUGAAGUCUUUGCUUGGUCCUUAUCUUGUCUUCCUUUCCUCAACUGUCAAUGGAUAUGAAGGUACUGGACGAUCAUUAUCACUGAAAUUGCUGCAGCAACUUGAGGAGCAAAAUCACAUGCCGUCAAAAAAUGCAGAAAGUUCCCUUUCAGGUAGGCUUUUCAAGAAGAUAGAAUUGAAUGAAUCCAUCAGAUAUGCUCCUGGCGAUCCCAUUGAAUCCUGGCUUAAUUCUUUGCUUUGUCUGGAUAUCACUAAUUUCACCCCAAGUAUUAGCAGGCUACCACCUCCUGGUGAAUGUGAUUUGUACUAUGUAAAUCGGGAUACACUCUUCUCCUAUCAUAAGGAGAGUGAGUUAUUUUUGCAGCGAAUGAUGGCUCUCUACGUUGCUUCUCACUACAAAAAUUCUCCCAAUGAUUUGCAAUUGAUGGCUGAUGCUCCGGCCCACCACUUGUUUGUGCUACUAGGACCUGUUGAUGAAUCAAAAAACCAUCUCCCUGAUAUUCUGUGUGUUAUCCAGGUUUGCCUUGAGGGUCAGAUUUCACGUGAAUCUGCUAUGAAAAGUUUAAGUGCUGGACGCCAACCAUUUGGGGAUCAGAUACCAUGGAAAUUUUGUCAGCAGUUUAAUGAUUCUGUUUUCCCAAGUCUUUCAGGUGCCCGCAUUGUGCGCAUUGCCACACAUCCAACUGCAAUGAAGCUUGGAUAUGGUUCUGCAGCUGUUGAACUUUUAACUAGAUACUAUGAGGGCCAAUUGACUCAGAUGUCUGAACUAGAUGCUCAAGAUGAAUUGCAGGAUCAACCAGUCAAAGUAACUGAGGCUGCAGAACAGGUCUCUUUACUGGAGGAAAACAUAAAACCAAGGACAGACCUUCCACCUUUACUUGUACCACUUCGUGAACGGAAGCCUGAGAAGCUCCACUAUAUUGGAGUCUCCUUUGGACUUACCUUGGACCUCUUCCGCUUCUGGAGAAAACAGAAAUUUGGCCCAUUCUUCAUUGGCCAUAGCCCAAAUAGUGUGACUGGGGAGCACACAUGCAUGGUCUUGAAGCCCUUGAACAGUGAUGAUAUUGAAGUUAAUGGAUCCAAUGAGUGGGGCUUUUUUGGUCCUUUUUACCAAGAUUUUCGGAAGAGAUUUGCAAGGCUACUGGAUAAAAGCUUCCGUUCUAUGGACUACAAGCUUGCUCUGAGUGUAUUGGAUCCGAAGAUCAAUUUUGCAGAGGCUGACUCUUCGGAUGGAUUUUUGGAAUCCAUUGAUGGAAUAUUUUCUCCACAUGAUAUGAAGAGGCUUGAAGCCUACACAAACAAUCUUGUGGAUUUUCAGUCGAUUAUGGAUUGUGUCACAAUACUUGCACACUUGUAUUUCUCAGAGAAGCUCCCAGUUUCACUUUCAUAUGCUCAGGCUUCUGUUCUGCUUUGCAUUGGUUUGCAGGAUAAAGACGUUUCUCAGAUUGAGGGAGAAAUGCAUCUGGAAAGACAGCAGAUUUUGUCUUUAUUUAUAAAGACAAUGAAGAAGUUCUACAAGUACUUGUAUGACCUUGCCUCCAAGGAGAUUGAUUCAACUGUAUCUCGACUAGAAGAAAUUAAGAUGGAGCCUCAUGCUAUAUCAUUGGACGAUGAUCUUAACAAUGCAGCAAAACAAGUCCAGGAUGAGAUGAAUGCCAAAAUGGAUGGCCUAUUAGACCCAGAUCUACUUCAAGGAUAUGCCAUUGUGGAUAGAGAAGCUGAUUUUGAGAAUGCCCUGCAAAAUGGAGGAAAGGUACUUCCUGGUGGAGUAAUCAGCGUGAAAUCCAACAGAAACAAGGCUGAUAAAGGCCACAAGGGUGAGAAGAAGAGAAGCAAGAAUGAGCUAUCCAAAUCAAGCAAGAAAAGGAAGACUUGACCUGUUGAAGGUGCGGCCUUGCCAUAUUUUCUAAUGUUGUUCUCUUGAUUGUGAGCGGUCAGCUAGUUGAACAAUUUCAAUAUAUAUAUAUUUGAUGGAAAGGUGACAACAACCCGACCAACCUUAUCAUGAGUUGGGUUAUCAAUUUUGUAAGCACUUUGAAGCAUAAACCUUAUGCCCUUGGUAGAUUAGGCCCAUUAGGAUUUAGAUUUUAGAUUAGGAGAAGGUUUUACGUAAUGAUUAUCAUGUUGUAAGUUUUAAAUGUUAAAUGCUUUCUCCUUCUGAUGUUUACUUGUCAUAGAUAAUCUUUAUAAGAAACGUUGAGUUUGGUUUAGA